AUGAUGGAAAAUACAAAUAAAAAAAUCGAAUAUAAUUAUAUUACUGAUAAAAAUAAAGUAGAAGGUUCCAAUAAAUACAUAUAUACAAAAUUUCCUGUCUUUGAUACACAUAAAAAAAUAAAAAAUUAUAAUGAAAAAAUAUCAGAAUUAAUUUUGGAGAACAAUGAAUUAAAAAAAUAUAAAAAUGAGUUAGAGAAAAAAAUAAUAGAAGAAAAUGGAAAUUUUGAAGUAAAUUUUAAGAAAUAUGAAAUAGCUAUUUCUAAAGCAUUGCGGAUAGGAUAUUCCUGUGCUUAUUUAUGUAAUGUAUUGAACAAACAUGUGAACAAUACUAAAAGAUAUAUUAUUAGGGAACUAUGUAGAAGAUAUAAUGAAUUUCAAAAUAAUAUAAUAAAGACAUAUGCCCGUAAAAAUACUUAUGACAAAUUAUUUAUAAAUAAUAUAAUAGUCAAAAUGAAUGAAAUUUAUGAACAAAAUAAAAGUUUUGUUAUAAAACGAUUAGUUAUUAUGAUAAAGAACAAAAUUAAAUUUAUUUUCCAUUUAUUUAUUAGCAAUCUUUUGGAAUCUAAAUAUGAAAACAAAAACAUGCUUAAUAGCAUAUUUUUAUCAGAAAAAAAUAAUAAAUGCCAAUCUUUUGGUUAUAGUUCAGAUAGUAGUACUAUUGAUAAAGAUGACAAAUUGAAUGGCAUUAAAAAAUUAGUAAUAACUUUAAAAAAGGUAUUUUAUAAAAAUGUAAAAUAUUCUGUCUUUAAACUCAAAAAUGAACACUUAUCCAAUUUAAAUAAGAAAAAGGGGAAUGAUACAGUAUGGAAAGAAGAAAAUGAUAAAAAUAAAUAUACCCCCAAUUUUGAGCAUAGGCUACAAAAUGAAGAAAACAAAAACAAUUCAAUGUUUAAUAAAAUUAUUAGGAAUAAGGAUGCAGGAUUUUUUGAUUUAGAAAAUAGGGGUUCAAGUGGUAGUAGUAGUUCUUUACCUCAUCCUAACUUGGUAUAUAAUUAUUUAUACAAUCAAGAAUUAUCAAAAUUAAAACAAAAAGAAUGUAUGCUUAAGGAAUUUGAAUUGUGUAAAAAAUAUAUAUAUUUUAAAAAAUAUUUAAAUUAUUUGGAGGGAAAUAAUGAACUGCGCAACACUGAUAUUAAUUUUGAAAACAAAGUAAUACCCAAAAGGGAAUUUACAUUUGCAUAUAAGGAAUGA